UCGACUAUUCCGCGACGGGGGAGUAAUAAAUAAAAUCUAUAAAAACCAUCCUUAAGCUUCUCCCAAUUAACUUUUCAAACAACAACAAAAAUGAAUCCUAUCUUCCCCUUUGCAACUGCAAUCACUCUUCUUGUGUUUCUUUCUCCUCUUCCUACACUCAACGCCGUUGUUCUCGACACCGACGGUGAGGAUGUACGUAACAGCGGCGGAUCCUAUUACAUCAUCCCAAAAGGAAGUAGUAACGGCCUCACUCUUACCCAGAGACCCGGGAGCCCAUCAUGCCCACUCUAUAUAACCCAGAUAACCACCUCUCCGGGUACAUCUGUAACCAUCUCUGCUCUUGUGAGAACACUUUUCAUUCCAGUUUCCGCUAGAGUUAACAUCGUGUUCAACACUGACGUUGCCACGUGCGCGGACCCGCUUGAGUGGCACGUGACCCCUGAUUUGGCUACCGGGAAGUCUUAUGUGACUGCUGGUGGUGGUUCGACGGUUUCCAGUUAUAGAUUCAGCAUUGAGCAGGCUGGCAAUGGUGAAAAGGACAAUAUUUAUAAGAUAAGGUACUGUCCGUCUGCUGAGGAAGAUGAAACAAAUUGUGGUGACGUGGGUUUUCUCGGGGAGAAUGGAUUAUUGGGUAUCAAUAAUGAGAAUCCACUUUUCGUUCAGUUUAAGAAAGUUAAUACUGGAAUGUCUGAGAUAGUGUAAUAAUCUUCUCAUUUACUGCUGCUUUUUCUUGGAAUUAUGUCGUCAAUAAUAAUGGAUUAAUGGGUAUAAAGUAUGAAUGUAUAAUGCCUGUAAGUUUAUUACAAUAAGGAGAACUCUCUGUCUCGUGUUAAACUUAA